AUGACGUCUGGACAAUUCAACAGUGCAGCAACAGAGGCCAUUCAGGAUAUCACAAACUACUACGACAACAUUACCGACCGUCCCGUGCUCCCUUCUGUCGCUCCUGGUUACCUCGCCAAACUCCUACCUACAUCACCACCAACGGAAGCUGAGAGUUGGGACAAGAUCCGUGCCGACAUGGAGUCCAAGAUCAUGCCCGGCAUGACACACUGGCAGAGCCCUGACUUCAUGGCCUUCUUUCCUGCCAGCAGUUCAUAUCCAGGCAUGAUGGGCGAACUUUGGUCGGCAGCAUUGACUGUUCCUGCCUUCAACUGGCUCUGCUCGCCCGCCGUCACCGAACUCGAGACGGUCGUCAUGGACUGGGUCGCCCAGAUGCUUGCUCUACCUGAGUGCUUCCUUUCAAAAGGCAAAGGUGGUGGUGUCAUCCAAGGAUCGGCGUCCGAAGCCAUCGUGACCUGCAUGGUCGCUGCUCGGGAACGCUUUGUUACAAGGACUCUUAUGAAGGACGACACCGUCCUCACAGAGGAGCAAAAGGAGGAUCGAUCGGCCGAGAUCAGAAGUAAGCUGGUUGCACUGGCCACAAAACAUACCCACAGCUCUACCCACAAGGGUGCGAAUAUCGCUGGCACGAGGUUCCGUAGCAUCGACACCCAGCUGUCCAACGCUUUCGCCCUGCAAGGCCAUGAAUUGCGCGCCACUAUCGAGAAGUUGAAGUCGCAAGGCCUGGAGCCAUACUUCUUGACUGUCUCGCUCGGCACGACGAAUACUUGCGCUGUGGACGAUUUUGCUACUAUCGCCGAAGUUAAAAAGGAUUACCCAGACAUCUGGAUCCACGUUGAUGCUGCGUACGCCGGUGUCGCUCUGGUGCUGCCAGAAUACCAACACUACUGCAAACACUUUGCCUCCUUCGACUCCUUCGACACCAACAUGCACAAGUGGCUGCUCACAAACUUCGAUGCCUCUUGCUUAUUCGUACAAAACCGUCGCGAUCUGACUGAUGCCUUGUCAAUCACACCUGCAUACCUCCGCAACGAAUUUUCAGAUCAAGGCUUGGUGACCGACUACCGUGACUGGCAAAUCCCCUUGGGUCGCCGUUUCCGCGCCCUCAAGGUCUGGUUCGUCAUCAGAACUUGGGGUGUCGAGGGUCUGAAAGCACAUAUUCAGCAUCACCUGAAGCUUUCAGAUCUUUUCAACAGCCUCGUUGGGUCUCGCAGCGAUCUCUUCACCAUCAUCACACCACCAGCCUUCGCCCUCACAGUCCUCACUACGCUGGAAAAGGCAAACGCGAAUACGAAAAAAGUGUAUGAGAUUAUUGAUCAGGGCAAGAAGGUCUUUUUGACAAGUUCGCUGGUUGGAGAAGCUUAUGCUAUUCGGGUUGUUAGUGCUAAUCCAUUGGCAUCUGAGGAGGGGAUUAGAAAGGUGUUUGGGCUUUUGGUGGAGGCCGCUGAGCAGGUGCUUGAGGACAAGGCAUAG